AUGGAAUCAUGGCGGGAACGAGGCUUUGUACCGGACUCGGACUCGGAGGAUGGCUUCGAUAGUCAGGAUUCGCGGCUCAACCCGGUUCUAGAGGAUGUGGUUGAAGAGCCCGUUGCCGACGCCCAGCACGAUAUUGUGCCGGACCCCCACGAUGACAGGGCAAGCGAAGAAGGAGCGCAGGACGAGGGUGCUGGAGAUCCCCAGGUCGCGGUAUCGAACUUGGAUGAUGCGGAAGAGUGCACAGGCGCUCCCUCAGUCACGCCUACGAGACUGGAUAUAAGGGAGGAGACUACCCAGGAUGAUUCUGAGACUGUCCGAUCGAACGACCAACACUCUGCAGAGAGGACGACGACUGGUCAUGGGAAGGAGGCAGGGUCAACAACUUCAGCCUCAAGCAGACCGGACGCGGCUACGCCCAGCCAGCUGUCGACUCCCCACAAUAAACCGCAGGAGGACAUUUGGGAUAUUCCUAGUUCCCCGGACGAACUACAGUUCGAUUUCCAGCCAUCCCGAAAACCCAUCACUUAUGUAUCGAGGGGAAAGAAGGUGACGCAUAUCCGGGAGGCCAGCCCGACUCACGAGGAGGAUCACACACAACCGGCGGUCGAGACCGCCGACAUAUCGCCUCUUUCGUCUCCGCUAUCGUCUCUGCACUCGAUACAGCUGGGCGACGACGAUGAUGAUACUGCGCGGCAGGAAUUACAGGAUGACAGUGGGCACCCUGAAACUACAGAGGCAGCAGAGACUCAAGAACUACCGACUCUGAAAGAUAUGCUUCCUGCCGAGAUUCCUGAGGAUAUCCUCCAAGAAUUGUCACACCCCAUGCGACGGUCGCUGAGACAACGCAACCCCAUCCAGUUACACCCCUACCUCCUCGAAGAUGCAAAAUAUCGGAGCCUUAUGAAAGCCAGGGGAUUGAAGCCUGUGCGCGUUGCUCUAGCGGAACAGGCUCUUCGUGAUGUAGCCAACGAGAGCCAAGGCAACGAGUUUGAACCUCCCUCGAGUGAUCCCGUCGAAAGCUUUCAAUUUCCACCGUCAUCGCCGGUUCUUCACCAGCAAUCUCCUGAAAAGCUUCUUAUGCACACGGACUCCGUACCCCGACGAAGUCGUCUCGAUCCACAAUUUCGGGGACAUUCACCAAAUGGCACAGUAGUCCGCCCGUCAAAGCGGCGAAGGGUAUCAAGACCCGAAGAGGAUGCCCGACGUCGGUUGCAACAUGUCCCCCAACCUAGUGUGGUCAUCAACAACUCUCCUGCGCACCGCGCGAACACCUCGUUCUUUGAGAUACCAAGCCCGCCGCGCUCAGGUAGCGUCUCUUCCUCGCAAACCGCCCAGCCUGUGGAUGGAUUUAUAUUCCCUCCCGGAUUUACGCCUCCAAAAUUGACUACGCCGGUGACGGAGCCGAGAUUCAACAUGCGGAAUGCCCCUGGAAUGGAUGUCAUGGACUGGUCAGGCGGCGACUUCGACCCCGGCUCUGUGGAUGCUCAAUCAGUCACCCUUCAGAGUCAACCGAAUUCUGAUUUGGAGGAGGAUGGUGAUGAUAAUGAUGAUGACGAUGAGGGGGAGGAGGAUGCAGGAGAAGAUGAGCAGGCUGUUGUACGGUCAUUGCAGCGCAGAAUUAAAGGCGUGCUUCCAGCGUCUUGGCUACGACUUGAUCAGAAGAAGCAGAGCGAAUAUUUCCCUUCUACCCAACGAUACCGAGAGAGAGCAGCGCUUCGAGUAGGAAAUGCCAAGGGCGUCGCCAAAAAGAUUACAAGGAGGGCUGACGCUGUAGACUCGUCCUCCAAGAAUCAGAUGGCAUCUCUCAGCCUGCUUGCUGAUGAAGACAGCGGUGAAAGCACAGAAGCGGAUGAAGCACAGUCUGAGGUGAACCCGAGUAGGCAAUUAGCCCAGCUCUUGGGACUUGAUAUCCCAUUUGAUGAUGAGAAAUGGGAAGACGACAUCCCCGAGGAUAAUCAGAUGGACUACAUGUUCCCGUCUAUACCUCGGGGGCCAUCUUCUCGAAGUCGGAAGCAGGGAAAGAAACGUCAGAGACCUGAUCAAAGUGUUGCGCAUAUUCAUCACCCCGCUAAGAAGGCUCGCUUAAAACGACAAACAAGGAUUACGGAUCCAGAAUAUGGGACGCGAACGCAAAGACAUACACCACGCCGUCCUCUUCCGAAACUGGGCAUCUUGGAUGCUCCGGAUGUUGCCCAUCGACCUCGCAAAGAACAGCCCCAGUUUCUGAGGGUCGCAGCGCGAAGAGCGCGCUCGCGAAAGGACAUGGGAAGAAGGAGCCCGUCCCGCAAGUUCUUAAAAUUAGGAUCGCGUGUGGACACGGAGGAUGCUAAUAUGACAUUGCGUGAAUGGCGAAAAGGAAGCCUCCCACAGACGACUUUGCCUCAAGUACGGACAGAGCCGCAUGUACGACAGCCGUUGAUGGACCGCCCCGUCAAUGGACUCGCCCCCCUGCGCAAUCAUGCUACUCACGUGAGGGAUAAGACCCCCAGGAUCGAUUUGGGAACCACCGCUGCAGCUCAGCAAGACGAUGCUGCUCCCGAGAACUUGGCAGAUGAAGAUAUUUCAGAUCCAACACCAGCCUUAGAGGGCAACAGCACGUCUUUACGAAACCCCAGGCCUGGACAGCAAGGGAAUAAAUGGGUUAUUCGUCGAAAUCUUGCCGUAUCUUCUCUUCAGAGGAGCGGUCCAAGACCGGUGGGACUAGAAAGCACAGAUGCAGGCAGCACUCUAGCGUCACCCUGGCUAUUUCACAGAACAAUUGCACGACUCAAUCAGGAUUAUCGGCAGAAACGGGGAUCUCGGACGACGCAGCGUAGCUUGCCGCUCGAUAGAUACCUUGCGAACAACGUUGCGCCCAGUAUACCUACCAGCGCUGGUCCAGGAGUCACUACUCAAACUCCGAGGACGAAUAACCUGGUCCCUCAGGCCCAACAUGAAAGGAAGCGACGUCAGGUGCGGAAACGACCACCUCAGCGAAUAGACAUCGGUGCUCUUGUCAGCCGAGAAGCUAUUACUCAAGAGCUUACAAUCCUGUCUGGGGAUACUCCGGUCUUGGAAACUGAGAGGUUGAAUCCUCCAAGCCAUAUUGGCAACGGGCUGAGAUCGUUCCAGCGCUCUUAUACUAUCGAUUUCGACGUCACACCUCUGCCAUCUGGUACAUUCUUUCACGAAUCUACAUUCCUAGGGAGUGGGCAAUUCUCGCGCUCUCUCAAAGUCAUACAGCGCGAUGUAGACAGCCGGGGUCCUUUAAUCCAGAUUAAAUAUCGGGAUCAAUGCUUCCGCUGGGGCCCUUGGACCGAUGCUGUUUCUUCAGAACUUGGCAAUGUUUUCGAUGCGAUGAUUCAAGAAGUCGAGUCGAAUCAAAAUGAAACCACUAUUGAUUCCGAGACAGGGUCCGAGGGAGCUUAUACCCUGUAUAGGUCGCUAAUCAACUACGUCUCGGAUGCACUUUCAUUCGAGGAUCCAAUCGAUAGGAUAGGCUUUGUCACAAGAGCUCAGACUCUUGUCAUGAAGUUGAAUGACUAUCUUAUGGGAUCAACUUCAACCGAUGAACGACAAACGGCACGUCUCACAAAAGUUGCAGCUUACAAUCUGGUGUUUGCAAACCAAGCACUUCAAGUGGCAUCCCACGCUCUUGUCAACGAUAAGAUCGCUAUGGAGGUCCAAGACAGUGUCAAGUUGAUUGGCCGACGCGUUCUCGCAUUCGUUUCAUGUCUUCCAGCUCAGGCUCAAAUACGCACCUUCCUCCAAGAAAUCAAGUCUCCAGCACGUCGCGAAGCAGGCAUUCGGAAUGAUCAAGCAGUUCUCGAGUCCUACAUCGUCGCUAGGCAUGUAUUGCAAUCUACGUCUCAACUUAAAGCAUGUUUUGAGGAGUACAUGAUUGAGAAUUAUCUAUCGGCGCCGGCCGACUUGACUGUUGCAAAGGAUAUCAAGAGCUACGAGAUUGGCUGGCAGAAAAUGUUCACGACUCUGCCAUUGAAUGAAGUCGAUACGGACGGACUCCUCAAGACCGGAGUGCGGUUCAGUGAAGGUCACGGCAACUGGUCAAUGGUCAAACGACUGCUUUCUCCGAUGCUCGACGACUAUGAGACUAACUCAGCAUCACAACCGAUCUCUUACAGUAGAUACUGCCAAGCUCUUUUUCACAGAUGCUUUCAUCUGAUCAAUGGAUGGGGGUGGCGGGAUUGCAGGCCUAUCAUGCAAUUCCUGUAUGAUUUCUUUGCUAAGAACCAGCUGUACGACCUGAGGUUCGAGGAAAGUUACAGAUCUCCUUCCUUCCUCGAUGAACUCGACCGCAAUCCUUCGCUUGAAGUCAGGCCAGGUGAUCCAACCUUCCAUAUAUUUCUGAAGAUAUUGGCUACUGGGCUCCGAUUCUUGCCAUUGUCUUAUGAUAAGAAGCAGAUUCGCAAUUUUGCUUGGCGGCUGUUGCCAAAUCAUGAUGGAAGAUAUCCAAAGGAGAAGCCCAUAUCUCAGGCAGACUUGGACGCCGUGAGAAAUCAUCACGAUCUUCUGUGUACGUUGUAUUUCGCUGUUCCUGAUGGGUGUCGCCCUCGACUCGAGACUAUCAAAAAUCUUGUCGACCCUGCCAUUUCGCAUCGUGAAACCUGCAAUAUCAGCUUUCGCUCCUGGAUCAGGCUUGUGCGAUUCAAAUUGUCUACGAAUGAAGAUGUGACUGACCUGGAAGCAUUUGCUGAUUGGCACUGCUACUUUCUCAACGAGUUUUUGAAACAGCAUGCUCUCGCGCGGAAGGAGAUUGAAGCUCAGAAUGCCAUUGAGAAGAGUUUCUCCCAUCAGCAGGUUGAGAAGACCAUUUCUCAAAACCAACGUCAAAUCGAAGCCUUGCUCAACAUGGCUCUGAACGGCCUGCAGAUUGCUCUUCGGGCAGCGCCCACUUUAGAGCAUGCGCGGAUCCUUGUUUCGAAAACACCUAUCCGAGCAAUCCUGAGUCUUUUUAAUCCUAGGCUCACCCGCAUAAACGCUACUGUUGCCGAAGCGCUCCAUGUAAUAAUAGCCUAUGUUAAGAAGUGCUACUUGGAUACUACGCCACCGUCCAACGCUCCUGCGCUCACGACUGACGAAGAUAGUCAAGAGUAUGGCGACUGGACUGAGAUUGAAGCGAUAUACGGGGGUGAAAACCCUCCGCCAAGCAAAGGUGUCGAGCAUGUCGAACAGGUCUUCCUCCCGGCAGUAUCCCGUCUUGUGUCCAAUUGUUUUGGCGAAGAUCAUUGCCCCGAAGAUACAAUCCUUCUGAAUGUCAUUGAUUGCUGGACUUCGAUUGCCCACGUCCUUGUGAAACAAGGUUUGAAGCAUUGGGACAACUACCUUAGUCCUUACGAUGGUGAUUCUUGGUUAGCACUCCGAUCGACGGUGCAGACGAGAAAAUUCACUCCACUCUUCCUGGCUAGCUGCAUCGAAAGAGACCCGCGGUUUCUAUCGGACUGUAGGAACCAGAUCCUCGGCCUGUGGAUGUCCAGCUUGGUGGAACGGGGAUCGAUGCUCAAAUUCCAACACCGCUUGACGGAGGCGCUGUUGAAUCAAGACACAACAAAUCCCAUGUUGCAUAAUCUGCCAUUCUUAAAAGAUCGGCAGAGUGAGCAGUACAUAAUCUCGAUGGAAGACCUCACCCAGCGGAGGCUGUCACUUCUCUCGAGUCUUCUGUCGAACAUGCGCGCACAUGUUCAAGCUCUAGAGGAUGCAGAAAGUCGACAAUUGACGAGCCCAAAACAAGACUACAAGGAGUUAAUCCGACGGAUGAUGGUAUCCAUGAAAUCAAAUUACCAGGAACUGGGACACGGGGGAGGGACCGCGCAAGGAGCCUAUGUGGAUUUUGUUCAUCGGAUUGUUGGAUUCUUGCAACAGCACAGCAGAGAUAUCUGUCCUAUCGACCCAUUCUUCACCGAUCCCACAUCCUUCCCUCUGCCUUCGGCUGAUCCAACUUACAUUGUUGCGAGACUCAAGAGCUAUGAGCCAAAGCUCUGCUCUGAGAAGGUUGUGAAGACAUUGGUGAUAUUCGUCCAGGGCGUGUCCGAGCGAGCUGCCAUUGAUGGUCAGCAGAUAUAUCUAGUUGACCAGCUGCGUGCGUCUAUGGCGGAUAUCUAUGAGUCUGGAGAUCCAGAGAAGCCUACUCUGCGCGCUAUACUCCUGCAGUGCGUGUUUCCUGCUUACGUCGAGUGCGCCUUUGUCAACCCGGCGGCAUGGCUUCUCAGUCGGCCAAUCAUACAGACCGUCUCUCUUGUGUUCAAGGACCUGCUGUUUGCCAUGGAUGUCACGGAUACAAUGUGCCGGGCAUCUGUCACUGCCAUGUUGGACAGUAUCUUCCGAUCAGCAUACGAAGUCUUUCAUAGAAUCGAGGCAGCGUCCACUAUGCUCAAAUUGCCGACUGUGAUGGCCACGCUCACUUCUCUUGUCGAGAUGACCACUUCUGCUCUUCCAGCAGUGGACUAUAUAGACCGAGCAACGAAUGUUGGAAGCAGACUCAUCUCCCAGAUCGGCGCUCUUCGUGAAUCCAUCAUGUCUGCCGCAUCAUGCAUUCGGGAACAGUCAUGGGAGGAACCAGAUCUUGCUCAACUUUCAAGUGUGUUCGCCCCUGACAGCACUGCGAACCCGGCAGUCCCCAAAUUCUUCCAGGUUAUACGAGCCGCCGCGACCCAAGAGUUGCAGACGUAUCUCAUCGAGAACUGGUCGCAGCAUCAGGGCAAAUACUAUUUUACUCGACGCGGCGGGCACCAACCCCAGCUGGUUGAUCUUGAGCCAUCAAUCACGGUGGAUCUUGAGCAACGACCGUCAGCGGCAUUUGAAGGUGCCGUCCAAACCUUUUUGGAGACGCUAAGAGCGAUUGAUUUAUUUGAUGAAGCGGAUUAG